AAAAAAUAAGUCACGUGUGACAUAGUUGAGAAAGUGAAAGAGCGUGGAAGUUAUGAAAUUGAAGAAUUCAUUUAUUCAAUACUCACUGAUUGAUGUUAGGUUCUCCUCAGUUUCAUUCCUAACCACUCAAACUUCACAGGAACUCGUCACUGCAUAAUCCUCUCUUCUCUUCUUUUCUCACACAUGUAAAAUGGAUACAGAGAACAACAUUUCAUCUCCCACCUCUCCACCUGCUGGAGGAUGGGAUUAUGAAGUUUUCGUGAGUUUCAGGGGUCCAGACACCCGUGAAAACUUCACUGACAACCUCUACAACGGCCUUGUGGACGCUGGAAUUCACACUUUUCGAGACAACGAGGAGCUUCAGGCUGGAGAGAAGAUAGAUGAGCUUCUCAAGGCAAUACAGCACUCCAAGAUAUCCAUCCCCGUCUUUUCCAAAGACUAUGCUUCAAGUCGCUGGUGCCUGAUUGAGAUCGCCGAGACGGUUGAGUGUCGGAGGAAAUUCGGGCAAUUGAUAUUACCCAUUUUCUUUGAUGUCAAAACGUCCGAUGUGCGAUACCAGCAGGGGAGUUACGAAAAGGCCUUCCAGAAACACGAGAAGGACAAUUAUUAUAAUAGUCCUACUCGGGAGGGAUGGAAGAAAGCCUUGACGGAGGUUGGACAAUUGAAGGGAUGGAAGGUGAAGAAUGAUAAUAGGCCUGAAGGAGAAGUGAUAAAGGAGGUUGUUUCAAAGGUAUGGAGAGAGCUGAAAAAAAAUUACUCAUUGGUUGUAAGUGAAUGCUUAGUUGGAAUUGAUGAUCAUGAAGAACAAAUGAUGAAAUUGUUGAGUGUUAAUUCCGAUGAUGUAAGGAUUGUGGGAAUCCAUGGCAUGGGAGGAAUCGGCAAAACCACUGUAGCCAAGGCCAUCUACAACAAACUCUCCCGACAAUUUCAAUCCCGUUGCUUCCUUGAAGAUGUUAGAAAAACAGCACAACAACCCAAUGGUCUUGUUCAUUUGCAAAACCAACUUAUACCUAGCUUCUUAAAACAGGGACGUCCUGUCUUAAUUGAGUCUAUGGAUGAAGGAAUUUUUGCAAUCAAACGUAGAUUUUCUGGAAAGAAAGUUCUUCUUGUUGUUGAUGAUGUUGAUCACAAAGAUCAUCUUCAUGCAUUUGCACUUUUGGGAAAGUGUGAUUGGUUUUGUUCAGGAAGUAGGAUAAUUAUCACAACUAGAAACCAAGAGAUUCUAAAACUGGCUGAGGUCAAUUCGACUUAUGAACCAAAGGAAUUGGAUUCUAAUCAAUCUCUUCAACUUUUCAGCAGGAAUGGUUUCAGAAGAGACUAUCCCCCAGAAGACUAUGAUACUCUAUCUAGAGAUGUUGUGUCCACUACUGGAGGGUUGCCUUUGGCUCUUGAGCUUAUUGGUUCUUCUUUGUCUGGCAAGGGAAAAGAGGUAUGGGAAGGUAUAUUAAAGAAGUUGAAAAGAAUUCCAAAUAUUGAAGUGCAGCAGAAGCUGAGAAUAAGUUACGAAGCAUUAGAAUAUGAACAAAAACAAAUAUUUCUCGAUAUUGCAUGUCUUUUCAUUGGAGUGGAUAAAAGAAUUGCUUUCCACAUGUGGGAUGCCUGCGAUUUUUAUCCAGAAAAUGGGAUUGAAGUUCUUCUUUUCAUGUCCUUGGUGAAAAUUGGAGACAACAAUGAGCUAAGGAUGCACGAUCAGCUUAGAGACCUUGGCAGGGAUAUUGUCCGUCAAGAAAAUUUCAAGAAGCCGGGGGAGCAUAGUAGGGUGUGGUUGCAUAAUGAAGCGUAUGACAUAUUGAAGACACAUACAGGAACAAGAAAGGUUGAAGCUAUCUGUGUUAACUUUGAAUUAGAGCCACAGGCGAAAGCUCUUACAAAAAAAGAUUUCGCAAACCUAUCUAAUCUAAGGUUCCUUCAAGUUGGCAAUGCAGAGCUGGAUGGAGAUUUUACGCAACUUCUUUCAAACUUAAGAUGGCUUCGCUGGAACGGAUGCCCUCAAAUUUUUAGACCGACUACCACUUUUUGUCUAAAGAAUCUGGUCAUUCUUGAUUUAUCACGGAGCAAUAUCACAGCAGCCUGGGAGGGUUGGAAUCAUAUCAAGGAGUUUACAACAAAGUUGAAAGUUCUAAAUCUCACAUGUUGCAAAAACAUGGUUAGCACUCCUGACUUCUCUGCAUAUGCAAAUUUAGAGAGAUUGAUUCUUGAAGACUGUGAGAAUUUGGAUCAUAUUGAUCCAUCAAUUGGGAAACUUAACAGUCUAGUUUUCUUAAAUGUGAAGAAUUGUGCUAAACUCAACAGGCUGCCUCUGGAAUUUGAUUCUGUGGUAACAGAGCUCCUUAUUGAUGGCACUUCCAUACAAGAAAUCCCUAUUGGUAGAGGUGUUAUGAAGAAGCUUGAAACUCUUAGUGCCAAUGGGUGCGAAUCAUUGACUCAAAUUUCUACCUCAAUAGGUCACCUAAAAUCUCUUUCAGACCUUACAUUAGAUGAUUCGUGUAUCACUGAACUACCAGACUCAAUUGGUUCACUAGUGAAAUUGCGACGGUUAUCACUAAGGAGCUGCAAAUUAAAAGAACUUCCAGACUCCAUUGGCAACCUAAAAUGUUUGAGGAUUUUGAACAUUGAUUGUUCUUCAAUAGUGAAGUUACCUGGUGCCAUCGGAAUGUUACUGAAACUUGAAGAAUUACAUGCCUCAAGUUGUUACGAUUUGGAAGGCGAAAUUCCCAGUAAUUUUGAGAGAUUAUCCUCUCUGAGAAUCUUAAGACUAAAUUGGACAAAUAUCUGUAGCCUUCCAAAAAGCAUUUGUGGGCUCUCUCGCCUCCAAACCCUUGAUUUACUGGGUUGCAGAGAGCUUCAAUUUCUGCCAGAGCUUCCCUCUAGUCUAGUGAGUCUACGAGUUACUUGCAUGUUAAUGGAGACAUUUCUAAACCUUCCUAGCCUGAUGAACCUAAAGGAGUUGUGCUUUUCUAACUGCUUUAAGCUGUUGAAAAUUCCCGCAGAUAUUGGGAAGUUAGCCAAACUCGAGACCUUGACCUUGUACAAGAUUAACAUUAGCAGCCUGCCAAUGGAGCUUGGUGGUCUUUCUCGGCUCAAGGUACUCAAUGUGUUACAUUGUGAACAACUUCAAUGCCUUCCACUUCUUCCCUCAAGUCUAAUCAUACUCCGUCUUCGAUUUUGCAAGUCAAUGAAAAGGUUUCCAGAUCUGCCAAAUUCAAAAAAUUUAUCAGAACUAAUACUUGACCAAUGCUCAGAGUUAACGGAGAUUCAAGGCCUUGGAAGAUUAGAACUCCUAAUGAAAUUGGAUAUCUAUAGGUGCAGAAAGCUAUGUAUGCUUGAAGGGCUUGAACAACUAAGAUCUUUAAAAUACUUGACCACAUCAUUGUGUGAAUCACUAGAAACAUUACCAGAUCUUUCGAAUUUAAAGAAGUUAAGGAAAUUAAAUACUUUGUAUUGCAAGAAUAUGAAUGAAAUUAGGGGCCUCGACAGAUUGGAAUCCUUGGAAUAUUUGGAUAUGAGUUGGUGUGAAUCCUUGGAAAGAUUGCCAGAUCUAUCGAACUUGGAAAUGAUGAAAGAAUUGAAGCUCCACCAGUGCCAUAAGCUAUAUGAGUUGGAGGGUCUUAAGGGUUUGAAAUCCUUGAAGAUGCUGGACUUGUCAUAUUGCACAGCCUUUGAGAGUUUACCUGAUCUAUCAAACUGGGAAAUGCUGGAAGAAUUAAAGCUCCACCAGUGCCAGGAGCUACAUGAGAUUGUGGGUCUUAAGGGUUUGAAAUCCUUGAAAAUACUGGACUUGUCAUAUUGCACAGCCUUGGAGAGUUUACCAGAUCUAUCGAACUCGGAAAUGCUGGAAGAAUUAAAGCUCUACCAGUGCCAGAAGCUACAUGAGAUUGAGUGUUUGAAGGGUUUGAAAUCCUUAAAGAUGCUGGACUUGUCAUAUUGUACAUCCUUGGAGAGGUUACCUGAUCUAUCGAACUCGGAAAUGCUGGAAGAAUUAAAGCUCUACCAGUGCCAGAAGCUACAUGAGAUUGAGGGUCUUGAGGCUUUGAAAUCCUUGAAGACGCUGGACUUGUCAUCCUGCAUACACUUGGAAAGAUGGCAUGAUCUAUCAAACUUGGAAAUGCUAGAAAUUUUAAAGCUCGCCAAGUGUCAGAAGCUACAUGAGAUUAAGGGUCUUGAGGCUUUGAAAUCCUUGAAGAUGCUGGACUUGUCAUCUUGCACAGCCUUGGAGAGGAUACCUGAUCUAUCAAACUUGGGAACGCUGGAAAAAUUAAAGCUCUACUCGUGCCAAAAGCUACAUGAGAUUGAGGGUCUUAAGGGAUUGAAAUCCUUAAAGAUGCUGGACUUGUCAUAUUGUACAGCUUUGGAGAGGUUACCUGAUCUAUCGAACUGUGGAAUGCUGGAAGAAUUAAAGCUCUACCGUUGCCAGAAGCUACAUGAGAUUGAGGGACUUGAGGCUUUGAAAUCCUUGAAGAUGCUGGACAUGUCAUCGUGCAUAUGCUUGGAAAGAUGGCCUGAUCUAUCAAAUUUGGCAUUUCUGGAACAAUUGAAGCUUGCCGAGUGCCAUAAGCUACAUGAGAUUGAGGGUCUUGAGGCUUUGAAAUCCUUGAAGAUGCUGGACUUGUCAUCGUGCACAGCCUUGGAGAGGAUACCCGAUCUAUCAAACUUGGGAAUGCUGGAAAAAUUAAAGCUCUACUGGUGCCAGAAGCUACAUGAGAUUGAGGGUAUUAAGGGAUUGAAAUCCUUGAAGAUGCUGGACUUGUCAUCGUGCAUACGCUUGGAAAGAUGGCCAAAUCUAUCAAACUUGGAAAUGCUGGAACAAUUGAAGCUCGCUGAGUGCCAGAAGCUACAUGAGAUUGAGGGUCUUGAGGCUUUGAAAUCCUUGAAGAUGCUGGACUUGUCAUCGUGCACAGCCUUGGAGAGGAUACCUGAUCUAUCGAACUUGGGAGUGCUGGAAAAAUUAAAGCUCUGCUGGUGCCAGGAGCUUCAUGAGAUUGAGGGUCUUAAAGGUUUGAAAUCCUUGAAGAUGCUGGACUUGUCGUAUUGCACAGCCUUGGAGAAGUUACCUGAUCUAUUGAACUUGGGAAUGCUCGAAGAAUUAUGGCUCUACCGGUGCCGAAAGCUACAUGGGAUUGAGGGUCUUAAGGGUUUGAAAUCCUUGAAGAUGCUGGACUUGUCAUAUUGCACGGCCUUGGAGAAGUUGCCUGAUCUAUCGAACUCGGAAAUGCUGGAAGAAUUAAAGCUCUACCGGUGCCACAAGGUACGUGAGAUUGAUGGUCUUAAGGGUUUGAAAUCCUUGAAGAUGCUGGACUUCUCAUUUUGCACGGCCUUGGAGAGGUUACCUGAUCUAUCGAACUCGGAAAUGCUGGAAGAAUUAAAGCUCUACCGGUGCGAGAAGCUGCAUGAAAUCGAGGGACCUGAGGUUUUGAAAUCCUUGAAGAUGCUGGACUUGUCAUAUUGCAUAUCCUUGGAGAGGUUACCUGAUUUAUCGAACUUAGAAAUGCUGGAAGAAUUAUGUCUCUACCGGUGCGAGAAGCUACAUGAGAUUGAGGGUCUUGAUGGUUUGAAAUCCUUGAAGAUGCUGGACUUGUCAUUUUGCACGGCCUUGGAGAGGUUACCCGAUCUACCGAACUCGGAAAUGCUGGAAGAAUUAAAGCUCUUCCGGUGCCAAAAGGUAUGUGAGAUUGAUGGUCUUAAGGGUUUGAAAUCCUUGAAGAUGCUGGACUUGUCAUAUUGCACGGCCUUGGAGAAGUUACCUGAUCUAUCGAACUCAGAAAUGCUGGAAGAAUUAAAGCUGUACCGGUGCCACAAGGUAUGUGAGAUUGAUGGUCUUAAGGGUUUGAAAUCCUUGAAGAUGCUGGACUUCUCAUUUUGCACGGCCUUGGAGAGGUUACCUGAUCUAUCGAACUCGGAAAUGCUGGAAGAAUUAAAGCUCUACCGGUGUGAGAAGCUGCAUGAAAUCGAGGGACCUGAGGUUUUGAAAUCCUUGAAGAUGCUGGACUUGUCAUUUUGCACGGCCUUGGAGAGGUUACCCGAUCUAUCGAACUCGGGAAUGCUGGAAGAAUUAUGGCUCUACCGGUGCCAGAAGCUACAUGAGAUUGAGGGUCUUGAUGGUUUGAAAUCCUUGAAGAUGCUGGACUUGUCAUUUUGCACGGCCUUGGAGAGGUUACCCGAUCUAUCGAACUCGGGAAUGCUGGAAGAAUUAUGGCUCUUCCGGUGCCAGAAGGUAUGUGAGAUUGAGGGUCUUAAGGGUUUGAAAUCCUUGAAGAUGCUGGACUUGUCAUAUUGCACGGCCUUGGAGAAGUUACCUGAUCUAUCGAACUCGGAAAUGCUGGAAGAAUUAAAGCUCUACCGGUGCCACAAGGUAUGUGAGAUUGAUGGUCUUAAGGGUUUGAAAUCCUUGAAGAUGCUAGACUUCUCACUUUGCCCGGCCUUGGAGAGGUUACCUGAUCUAUCGAACUCGGAAAUGCUGGAAGAAUUAAAGCUCUACCGGUGCGAGAAGCUACGUGAGAUUGAUGGUCUUAAGGGUUUGAAAUCCUUGAAGAUGCUGGACUUCUCAUAUUGCACGGCCUUGGAGAGGUUACCUGAUUUAUCGAACUCGGAAAUGCUGGAAGAAUUAAAGUUCUACAAGUGCUACAAGCUACACGUGAUUGAAUGCCUCAAGGGUUUGAAAUCCUUGAAGAUGUUGCUGUUGUCAUAUUGCACAGCCUUGGGAAGGUUACCUGAUCUAUCGAACUUGGAAAUGCUGAAAAAAUUAAAACUCUACGGGUGCCAGAAGCUACAUGAGAUUGAGGGUCUUAAGGGUUUGAAAUCCUUGGAAUAUUUGAAUAUGAGAUGGUGCAUGUCCUUGGAAAGAUUACCUGAUCUAUCGAACUUGAAAAUGCUGAAAAUAUUAAAGCUCACCCACUGCCAGAAGCUACUUGAGAUUAAGGGACUUGAGGCUUUGAAAUCCUUGAAGAUGCUGGACUUGGAUUCGUGCACCACCUUGGAGAGGAUACCUCAUCUGUCGAGUCUAACAAAUUUAGAGGAAUUGGGACUUCGUAACUGUGAGAAACUUAGUGAGAUUUGGGGACUUGAAGAACUGACAUUCUUAAAAUUCUUGGACAUUUCUGGAUGCAAGUCACUAGGAAAUGUACCAGACAUUUCGAACAUCAGAAAAGUCAAGCGUUGAGAGCAAAAUUGCAGGAUGCCAGAUUUAGUGUCUACCAUACAACCUGAUGGCAUGGUAAUUGAUGAAAUAUCCAUGCAUUUCAGUUACCAAUUAUCAUUGCAGAACUAUAUUGAACAGUGGUAUUUUGGCAGUUGAAAUUACAGUUGUUUUGGUGUUGAUCCCUAUAUCAUGGUUGAUUAGGAUCAUGGUAGUCAUGUUGUUUUCAUCAUAUGUACAUUCUUGAUCAUUCUUCAUGUGUUGGUAAGGCUGCGUACAUCUGAUCCUCCCCCGCAAUGCCAGGGGCCUCGUGCACUGUCAAGAGCUUUGGCUUCUGUCAUAGCUACCGCAAUAUUCAACUACCAGAAACCUUGUUUUGCAGAAUCUGAAGCUGCUGAGAGUCAAAACUACUGCAGAUGCAUGCUACAUUGUUGCUUAUGAACCAGAUCUUGGUUUGACCAAGUUCCAAUCAACAUUACACGUCUAUUUAAGCCACAACCAAGCAAGGAACAAGGCUGCAAUAAUUUCCGACUACCUGAAGCCUUGGUCUGCAGAGUAAAAGCUGCUGUGAGUUCUAUUUUCUGCACAUUCAUUCUCAGUAAGCUUUUCUCCAGUUUUUGAGCUAGUUCUUGGUGUAAGCAAGAUUUGAUUGUUGUUGCCUAUUCAUUCAAAUCACUACCAAGCUAAAACUGAGGCUGCAUCAAAAGUUUACUAUCUGAAACCUCAAGCUGCAGAUUCAGCAGAUGCUGACAGAUUUUGCUGCUACUCAAGUUCUUUGUGCUACAUUCUCACUUCCGAGUGCUUGAGACUUAUAUAUACUUCUUGUUGAGUAAUUUCUGGUGUAGUUGUGCAUGAGUGUCCAAGCAUUGUGGUGAGGCAAGUGCAAGGAACAGAGGGAGGGAAAGAACUGUGGUGGUGAGUGCUGUGACUGAGAUUGUGGAUGUGUGAUGUAAUCAAAUUCAUUCAUAGUGGAGUUUUUUACUAGGCUUGACAGACCUGAGGAUGUUUCCCCUAUUUCUUAGGGGUUUUACCAUGUAAAUCUUGGUGUUCUGCAUUCUUGUUUAGCAGCAUUUUUCAUUUUGUGCA